AAGAAAUGCACUGACCAAGAAGUGGAUGAGGUUGAAACAUGGCCGCACAGCGGGGAGCCGAGGAUCUGUUUGACAGUAUUCUUUUCGCGGAUGAAAGGUUCCGCGGUGAGGGCUACCAGGAGGGCCUCCAGAGGGGGACCCAGCGGGGCCUGCACAACGGCUGGAGACACGGGGCGUCUCACGGAGCCAAGCUGUCAUCUGAGAUCUCCUUUUAUUACGGAUUUGCGAUCAGCUGGAAAUGUCUGCUGGAGCAUCAGUCUGAUGACAGAUCACGGAAGCGCCUGAAAGCUCUGGAAGCUCUGCUGAAUUUGACCCAGAAGUUUCCCAUUGAUGACCCGCAGUCAGUGAAGCUGCAGGACGACACAGAGAAGCUGCGAGCCAAGUUCAGACAGGUCUGCUCGAUGCUGAAUGUGCCCACUGACUUUAAGGAUUACAUCAGAACAGCUGAAGGGACGUCUUUCUGAGCGACAUAAUGGCCUGGCCUGGCCUGGCCUGGCCUGGCAGCAGCGCCAGAAGAAACAAAGCCAGACUGAGUGGGCCACUGCAGGCCUCACAGGAAGCAGUGGAAGCAGAGGCCAGUGGCUCAAGAACUCAUCCUGGUUCUGUCCUGACUUCACAUCAACUCAAGGAACUGAGGGAACCAAAAAUGGUUUUAAUUAGGAUGGAUUUAUUGUUAUGAUGAGGAUCCUCGGUGCCUGAUGGAGAAGCUGCUGCUUUGUAAACAAGCUUCAGAUCAUACAGCUGAUGUUGCUUCUCUGACUUGAAAAAUGAUUUGUGGUUCUGUCUGCAGUAAACAGACGGUGAGUUGAGUUCUGUCAGUCACCAUACGGAGGGACGGGGCUGUCAGGCCCUGAAUAUUCAUUGACUGGAUGGUGACUGAAGUUAUGGAAAGAAAAAUUCUAGAAAAUGUUCUUCUUUGUCACAUUAUUUCUUUGACCAAGGAUAUUUUUUUUCUGAUAUUUUUUUUAAAGGUGAACCUAAAAGGCUUCGAAAAAGAUUCUUUGUGUGCAUUUUAAUAAAAAAAGGGAUGUCAAACA